CUCCUCUUUAUCGGCUCACCUGGAGACGUCUUCUCCUCUCUCUCUCUCUCUCUCUUGCGCGCGCCACGGAUCUGAAGCUUUUCAGUCAUGUCGACGACGACCUCGUAUUGGUGUUAUAGAUGCACGCGCUUCGUUACCGUUUUGGUCUCUGCGGAAAACAACGACGUUGCUUGUCCUCACUGCGACGGUGGAUUUAUCGAAGAGAUCGAAACCAAUUCGCAAUCGGACAAUCACCACCGUCGAUUUAUGUACAUGUUAUCGGAUAACAACGGUAGAAACCGUCACGACUCGGGUCGGAUUCCCGCAUUGAGAUUUCGCCGGAAUCGACGCAACGCAGACAAUCGUUCUCCGUUUAACCCGGUUAUUGUCUUGCGUGGCACCGCCCCCGAAGAGAACGAGGAAGGAAGCAGCUACGAGUUCUACUACGAUGAUGGAACAGGGUCGGGCCUUAGACCCGUGCCGGCCAAUAUGUCUGAGUUUUUUAUGGGAUCAGGGUUUGACAGGUUGCUAGACCAGUUAGCGCAGAUUGAAGUGAAUGGUUUCGGGCGGGUAGGAAACCCACCGGCGUCGAAAGCUGUGGUGGAGUCGAUGCCCACCGUUGAAAUAACCGAAACCCACGUAUUUGCGGAUGCACACUGCGCAGUGUGCAAGGAAGCGUUCGAACUUGGCGGUGAAGCACGCGAGAUGCCGUGCAAACAUAUUUACCACUCUGAUUGCAUACUCCCUUGGCUCGCAAUGAGGAAUUCGUGCCCCGUUUGCCGCCACGAGCUACCUGCGGAUCAGCAAGAAAGCGAGAAUUCAGAGGAGUCGGAAGAAAUUGUGGGGUUGACCAUAUGGAGGCUGCCAGGAGGUGGAUUUGCAGUGGGAAGAUUCAGUGGGGGAAGGAGGGGAGGAGAGAGAGAGUUUCCCGGCGUGUUUACAGAGAUGGAUGGUGGGUUUAGUGGAAGUGGUGGAGCUCCUGGGAGGGUUUCUUGGGUGAGCAGAACAAGUAGGAGGGAGAACAGUGGCGGUGGUGGGUUUAGGAGGGUUUUUCGUGGGUUGGUUUCGUUUUUUAGGAGGAUGGGGUCUAAUUCUUCUUCUGCUACUACUACUACUUCGAGUUUGCAUCCUGAUCCUGAAUCUGGUUCUAUCAGUAGAAGUUCCAGUCACUCGAGUUCUGGGUUUGGUAGAUACGUAAGCAGACGCAGAAGGGGUUUGGAUUUAGAAGUUGAGAAUGGGACUGAACUGGUGAUUCGAGAUUGAAAGGCAAGAUUAUACUCAAAAGUCCAUUUCUUCCUUUUCUUUUUUCCCCCGUUAAUGUAUAUAGAAUUUAUUUAAAUAGGCAAGAGUUUUGUAUUGAAUUUUAGUUCUUUUCCUGAUAAAGGUGUGCAAAUAGAAUAUUUCUAAUUUUAAUCAGAUGGGGUCACAGGCAGAAAAUGGGACACUUUCUCGAGAGAUGGAAAAGAUUAAAAAACUCUCAAAGAUUGUUUGAAUUAGGAAAAUUUGCAAUAUAGGGAAGGCAUUUGUUCCUAUCUGUUGA